AUGUCUUCAUCAUCUUCCUCAUCACAACGCAUCGUUUCGUUCUCGGUAUUGGCCUUAGCCAUACAAUUUCUUUUCAUACAAUGCGUUUUCUCCCAAAGCCAGAAUAAUGCGUUUCUCUACCACAAGUGCUCCGACAUUGAAGGGAAGUUCACGUCGAAGAGUCCGUACGAGACAAACCUGAACAGUCUCUUUCGUCAACUCUCUUACCGAGUUCCAUCCACCGGUUUCGCUGCCUCCUCUUCUGGUAAUACUCCAGAUAAGGUCAACGGUUUAUCCCUUUGCCGCGGUGAUGUCUCCUCCUCUGAUUGCGGCUCCUGUCUCGCUACCGCCAUCCCCGAGAUAAGUCGGAGAUGUCCGAACAACAAGGCGGGUAUAAUAUGGUACGACAACUGUCUUGUCAAGUAUUCCUCGACCAAUUUCUUCGGGAAGAUCGAUUUCGAGAACAGAGUCUAUUUGUACAACGUUAACAACGUGAGCGACCCUUCAUCAUUUAACAUGCAGACGAAAACUCUUUUAACCGAGCUGACGAAGAAAGCAACUGCUGGAAACAACCAGAAGCUGUUUGCGACAGGGGAGAAGAAUCUCGGGAAGCAGAAGUUGUACGGACUAGUGCAGUGUACGAGAGACUUGAGGAGUGAGAGUUGUAAGGCGUGUUUGGAUGGGAUUAUUGGAGAGAUUCCUAACUGCUGUGACGGUAAAGAAGGAGGGAGAGUUGUAGGUGCGAGCUGUAACUUUAGGUAUGAGAUUUACCCUUUUGUUAAAGUUGCUUGA